CAGACUUUCAAAACAGCGAGUGGAUGUGGAAAAGCCAAGGCACAAGACCAUUAUCACUUCCGAUGUUCGACAACAGAUUAUGGCCAUAAAUUCCAAAGCUCGUGAAGAUUGGGAGAAAAAGCAGGCUGAAACUGAAAAGUCCCAGAAGGUGAGUGAAUCUGAAAGCAGUACAGGAGCUGAUGCUGAUAAGGAGAAGGAUGAAAAUCGUGGAAAAUUAGUGAAGGUUAACAAAGAGGAAGAUGAUAAAAUGCGUGCGACAGCUGCAAAUGUUGCUGUUCGAGCUGCUACUGGAGUGGGUGAUAUUACAUCAAGAUGGCAAUUAAUGAUCGAGGCCAACCAGAAACAGGGAGGAACUGACAUAUCAUCCGGUCCUCAGACUAACAAAGACGUGGGACGAAAGCCUUUAGCAACCUCUACAAGAAACACAAGGGAAAAUCAAGAAUCCGAAAAGCGGGAUUCUUCUGUUGCUCUUACAACUCCUGCAUCGAUCAGAAAAGUGGGACGAAAUCAAGUUGUUGUACCACGGCUGGCUCGGAGCAUUUCAGUGAAGGAUGUGAUUGCAUUAUUAGAAAGAGAGCCUCAAAUGUCGAAAUCCACACUGCUCUACCGCUUAUAUCACAAGGUUAGCGCCGAUGCUGUCAGCGAAUAAUCCAACAGACACGAGCACGGGCACGUUUGGUUGGCAAGACGUGAUUUUUGGGAGUUUCACUUGCAUAGAGCAAUGCUGAUGCUUCUUCCUCCCAUACAUCACCAGUUCUUGUAGAUCUCGUUUCUCAUCAAUUUCUGUCUCAGUCCUUAUAGCUUAGAAAGAAUAAACGAUUUGGAUGCUUCGAUUUGUUUUUGGGUCUUUCAGCCAUAAAUUAUGCUCACAUGUACUUUAUGUAGUUGUUUAACCAUUGUUUGGUUGAAUAUAUUUAAUAUAAAGAGCAAAUAUCACUUAAAAUUUCAAA